AUGGCCCUGCCGGCUCUGGGUCUGACAGGCCCCUUCCUGCUCUUCGGCGCGCUGGGGCUGCUCUGGCUCGCGCUCUGGCUGCUCCUCGUUCCUGGGGAUGCCUCUGGCGCCUCUGUUGCGCCCAGUGCCUCUGCUGCCUCUGCUGCCUCUGGUGCUGAUAUUGGCGGGCAGCUGGAAGGAAAGCAGAAGAUGCAGGGUGGUGUUGGUGCAAGUGGAUCGCGUGUCACGGUGUGGCAGCUGCUGUCACACCCGGCCUCAUGGGCUAUCAUCAUCGCCAAUGCCGUCAAUAACUGGGGCUACUUCAUUCUGCUCUCCUGGAUGCCUCUCUACUUCAACCAGGUGCUGCACACGGACAUCCGCCAGGCAGCGUGGUUCAGUGCGGGGCCAUGGGCAGUCAUGGCAGGCAUCGGGCUGCUCGCAGCAGAGCUGGCGAACCGGAUGGAGGGCAGGCAGGGAAUGACCCGCACCGCCGUGCGCCAAGUCAUGCAGGCUGCCGGGUUCCUGGCUCCAGCUGCGUCGCUGCUGCUGCUCACACGCAUGGCCACCGGUCCCCUCGCUGCUCUCUCCCUCACUGCUGCUCUUUUAACUGCCGGGUUCCUGGGACCAGCUGCAUCGCUGCUGCUGCUCACGCGCAUGACCACCGCCCCCCUCGCCGCCCUCUGCCUCACUGCUGCUCUCGGCCUCAGUGCGUUCAGCCAAGCCGGGUGGCUCCUGAACCACAAGGUGCGCUCUCUGCAACCCCCCUCUCCACAAGGUCUGUCCAACACAGCGGGCACGCUAGCGGGCAUCACCAGCACAGUGGCAACUGGGUUCAUGCUGGGUCGAAUAGUCACCACCACUCUUGCUCCUCCUCCCCCCCAACCCCACCACCCACCAGGUCUAUCCAACACAGCGGGCACACUAGCAGGAAUAACAAGCACGGUGGCGACGGGUUUCAUGGUGGAGCAGUUGGGCUCCUUCCAUGCAGUGCUGACAGUCACAGCAGCGCUCUACGUGCUUGCCACAGCCUUCUGGCUCGCAUACGCCACUGCCGAUGUUGUAUUCCCAUAA